GACAGCAACAUGAUUGCACCGCUGGCCGCGCUGCUGGCGCUGCUGCCCGCGUGGGGCGGCGCGGAGUUCAGCCCGGUGGUGGGCGUGCUGGCCAUGCCGGAGUUCAACCACACCCCUCCCAGCCGAAACGAAGCUACAUGGCCGCGUCCUACGUGA